AUGGAGAUGGAUCUGUCAGCGGAUCCGCCAGAGGAUCCCCCCACCGGCAGCGGGCGACUGGACAACCACCACCUCUCACCGUCUUCUCACGAAAUUGGAGGCCAGCACCACAACGACGACCUCCUGCUCCACCUGAACCGCCUCGCCGUCUCUGCAUCCACUCCGGCUCCUCUGGAGCCCCAUGCACUCAAUGUCGCAGAUGACGAUAUGGAGGAUGUAGUCGUGGAAGAUAUUCCCCCGCCACGGACUCCGUCACCUACUGCGGAGCAUCAGGCCGAUGAUCUUAUGGUGGAGGUCCCUUCUGAGGAGCAGAGUGGAACAUCCUUGGAAGCAAGGACGGGGCCACAGCGAGUGCAUCUGGAACCGGUGGCCAAAGCCAUGCCGGCUCUCGGGAUGAUGGCUACCCCCAAAGUGGAGAACACGGACCUUCCAGCUUCACACAUGGCACAGCCGGUCACUCCUCCACGAGCAGAGCACCCCCCAAAGUUUGCAAAGGGCCAAGCUCGGGCACUGGUGGCCAGAUCCACCGCUGUCAAAUCCAAGUGCCGCCCGAAGAUGCAACAUGCCAUCACAGGCCGACCUUCAGCUGAAGACGAGAUCGUGGCAUCAUCGGGGGAAGAACCACAGCCACACAGCACCAACUCCACCAUCGAGCUGGUUCUCCCCACACCGCAGAAGGAUGGCACAGGUGUCGAAUUUCACGCAAUCGGGACCCUUCGCCCGUCAUCAGGAAAUACAGCCCCGACUACCACGGCUACACCUUUAAAUCAGGAUAGUCCAUGGUUGCUGGACAGAGGCAAUGGUGAGACCACACCGAUCCUUAACAUGCCGGACUGGGUGCUUGCUGCACUUCGUCAUCCCCCAACUGAACCGGCCCCUCCGCCGCCGGAGGUGAGUGCCAAAAGGCACAAAAGGCGCUCGGCCAAUGCGCAGACAUCGAACAUAGAAUCUGUACAGAAGGCAGAGGAGACGGAGACUCAAUCUGCCCGCCCGAGUGAUGCAUACAUGCAGUCUCCU